AUGGACCGAGUGAUCACCGCCGUGUCGGCGCCCACGACGCACGAAGGCGUGACAUCCGCCGUGAUUGCAGAGCUCGUGUCGCUCGGCCGCAGCUCCGUGGACCGCUGUCCGCACGCGGACGCGUUGGCGCGCGCUCUGGCCGUCGUCUCGCAGUGCUACAGCGUUCCGGUGCCGUCCAGCGCCGCGUCCGCCAUCCAGAAGGCGCUGGCGGACGUCUCCGACCUGCUGCAGCGCCACCGCCUGUACGCAAAUGACAGCAGCACUUCAGUGGUGUACAGGCCCGAGCAGCGUGCAGUGAUCGACAGCGGCGUGCGCUUGUUGUGGGCGCAUGUGACGACGUAUCAACUGCACGCGGCGCUCGUGGACCUGGUGCGCACCAUCGACUUCAUGCCGCGCGCAGUGGCCUUCUGGAAGCAGUUGAAGAAGAGGACGGUGCGCGAGAUCCUGCAGAGAGGGCCCAUGCAGUGGCUCAUGACGCGGGCGCAACGGAUCACGGUCGGAGAGAGGAUCCGCAGCUUGGAGGAGACGCUGGAGGCACAUUUGAGGAAGAUUGGAAUGCUGAAGGAGCUGACGACUAGGUGCUCGGGCACGUUCGAGGACUAUGACCAGUUGGCGGAAAGGAUGAAGGAGGGGAUGACCCUGCUGGAGCUGGUUUACAGUACAAAUGGGAUCUGUCCGCCUCGAAAGGGACAAGGCGCGUUUAAGUCGCAGGAUCCACUGAUCUUCACGGCGUUCUACUUUGACGAAAACAUCUUUGAGAAGGGCUGCAAUGGCGUCAUAUCGAGUGAAGAUGUGGUCAGCUCGUUGCGCCGAGUGGAGACGAACCUGUCGGUGUUCCGCACAGCACAGACGCAGUUCUCGCGGUGCUUCCAAGCGGCUCUUGCGCCUUGCCGCCCACCAUCCAAGAUCCGUCAGCGAUGGCUUCAGGUUACCACCGUGGCGAUCUGCCUCACUGCAGGAGGCUUCUGGGUCGUGAAUAACCAGGAUGAGUUCCGGGCGGGCAUCGCUGCCAUGCGUGCGGCACUGCAAGAGUUCUUGAAUGAGCACAUGGUGGAGCCACUCCAGGCCAUCUUCGGAGAAGUGGUGCUGAACCAGAAGCCCGAGAUCCAAGAUGCUAUGGCGUUGCUGGACACAAAACAGAGUCUGCGUCGUAUGCUGUCCGACUUCGUCAAGGACACAAACCCCAACGUUUCGUCGGCUGAAAUGAACCGCAUCAUGGAUGAGAUGGACAUGUCCGUGGUGUCUCUUCAGUACGAGAAGCAAUUGGCAAGUGCUGUAAGGAACUUGAUGACGGGUGAUAUCGUCCGCAUGCUGCUGAUCCAGGUGCAGUUCAUCAAGAAGGAGCUGAUGGUGGCAAUGGGUGCGAUCGACGAGUUGAUGCACGCGAACCAGCUGAACCUGCAGAUACUGGCCACGAUCCCAACGUUCCUGGUCUUCGGUGGCCUGUACAAGCUGGUCACGUCGGCCUUCCACAUGAUCUACAAGCGCAUGAGCGACCGACUGUACUACGACUCGAGCGAGAUUGCUGGGUUCCUGCGCAACAACCUGCGCGACAUCGAACGGCUGCUCAACAAGCAGAACCGCGGAUCAGGGGCGAGCGAUGAGGCUGUGCUUGGUGUCCGCGAACUUGGGUUCCUCAUUUUGUUGCUGCACCAGCUGCGUGAUCUCUUCGAGGCGUACCGCGCGCUUUUCCAAGAGGAGGAACAGGAACGUUUCGAAGAGGACCUGGACGAUCUCAUCGGCGAGGGACUGCUGGUCUCGCAGCAGCUCGCGGUCAUUCAACGCAUGUAUCACUCGCACCCGUUUCUAUACAGCACCAAGCCGAACAAGUCGCGCUGGAUUUUGGACUAA